CAUCCGAAGAGCUAGAAUCUCAGAAGGUUCAGUCUGGGGACGAGAGGUCAGCCAUGCCUCGUAAACCCGUGUGCGGCAAUCCGCUGUUCCUGCAAUGGGCUGAGGCUAUUCAGCAGGAAGCCGAGAUCAAGCAGUGGAAAGCCGCAAACACUUACAGGAAAGCGUGUAAUUCGAUCCGAUCUUGCCCCUUACCGUUCACCAAACCGCAGGAGUUGAUCACCCUGGCGAAUGUCGGACCCACCAUGGUCAAGAUGCUCGAGCAGCGUCAGAAAGAGCAUUAUGUCAAUCUCGGAGUGCCUUUUCCGCAUGGAAGGAAUGAAGAAGCAGCCACGGUAUCGGUAUCCCCUUCAGGUGAAGAAAAAGACGAAGCAGAGGAGGGGUUUGUGCCACGACCCCGUCUAUCAACUACAGCCCCGACCACCGCACCAGAGCAAUCGCAAUCAGUCAAACGUAAAGGACGCCCACCCCAAGAACAAGGUUCGGGAUCUGAGGAUGGAACAGCGUCCACUACACACAAGAAGAAAAAGACCAAGACUUUACAAGCGAAAACACCGAAACUCUAUGUCCCAAAAGCUCGUAGUGGAGGCUAUGCCAUCUUGCUCUCCUUGCUCUCGAACCUGACGGAGGACUACCAACAACCUCUUGAACUCCCACCUUCCGAUCUAGAAGACCCUGAAGACAUCGCCUCGUUUGAAGAUGCCCAACAAGACCGCCUCAACAUCGCGCUUCAGAACGCCCAGUUGACGAAACAGGACGUCAUCGCCGCAGCCAAAAAGCACUGCGAUUCCGAUUUCGAAAAGUCCGAAACGGGGGGGCAUUAUACCGCUUGGAGUUCUAUGAAGACGUUAUUGGGAAGGGGGCUUGUGUGUACGAGGGGGAAUCCGGCUAGGUUCUGGUUGACACGGGAUGGAUGGGCGAGCGCUCUGGCUUUGAAGGAGGCGUUGGGCCCGGUUGAUCAGACCAGAAAAGCGGGCAGAGGGGCAAAGGCGGCGGCGGAUAACUCGGUUGCUCGAGGUAGUGCUGUGGCCCGGACCGCGAGCGACUCGAUGCGACCAGCAGUUCUAAACCCACCGACUUUGGUUCGAGAAGGGAACCCUCUGCUCUUCAGCUACCUAGGACCCGGAGAUGUCCCAGUGGAACACCUGAUCGACGCCCAGCGCUCGGAAGAUGCGGAACUCUUCUUGCCCGUCAGAAAGAUCAGGGUCCGAGCGGAACACCUUGUUCACCCGCAAGCUAGCCGGCUUCGGAAUCUGGUCCAAGCGCGGGAUACUUCUAGCGGGAUGCAGUUCGACGGUUGGAUAUUGGAAGCCAAUGCCCCACAGACUUGCGAGGGCUUUCUAGGGCAGGCUCGUACUCAGGCUGCGCCCGGAGGGACUAGCCAGGUGGCUGUCAUCUCCGUCGCUACAGCUGCGGCUUUGACCAUCGAGAAUGCAGACAUGGAAGUUCCUCAUCCGUCUUCAAGCGUCUACGCAGAUGAUGGCUUCGACGCCUUGAUCAGCACAUACGUCGCGCAGACAGAGCAACUGUCGAGCGUGUCGAAAAAUAUCGCCGGCCCUGAUACUGCCGCUGGAGAAGAGCUCGAGUCAGAGUCGUCAGCCGAAGACUUUCCCCUCGCUCCACUGCGAGUUCCUCGUCCGCAAAAGCAUCGCGAUCCGGUGAGCAGAACGGGAUCUCGUGAAACUGGCUCUGUCAUCGAGCUAGACAUCGAGGAGACAGAAACCACUAGCUACAAUAUCGAAAAGCAGAAGAGCGGUGGCACUGCUGCACCGCGGUCCAAGGAGACUGCCGUUCCUGGCAUGGAUGAGCCGAUAGACCGGCCGGCCCCGAACGACACCCCAUCUUUCCGAUCUUGCGAUGCUAUACGCUACGACGCCGAAAGCUACGAGAUUGUCCUCGUCAUGGACACCCGAGAAAUCAAAAACCGCCGUGACGAGGAAGCCAUCUGUAAAGGUCUGCGAGACCAUGGGAUCCGGGUUGAUGUCAGGGCGCUCAAGCUGGGAGAUAUCACUUGGAUGGCGAGACUUAAAGCUGGGGUGCAGCAACAACUUUCUGGGGAUGAGAGGGAGUGCAUGUUGGAUUACGUUGUCGAGAGGAAACGGUUGGACGACCUGUGCUCGAGUAUACGGGAUGGGCGGUAUGAUGAUCAGAAGUAUCGAUUGACGAACUCAUCCAUUGGACACGUCUAUUACGUUGUCGAAAGCUGGGACAUCGAGAGAAAACCGGAUUCUUCACUAUCGCUACAAAUCGCUACCGCCAAAUCCCAGACUCAGAUUGUCAGCGGCUUCUUCCUGAAAGAGACGCACAAGCUGUCCGAGACUAUCGAUUUCUUGCGAGUCUUGACGGAGAAUAUCGUCGAAGCUCUCAGGGGACAAGACUUGCACGUGAUACCGACGAGGUACAUCUCCCGGACGACCUAUGUUCGGCUGCAGCGACAACUGAAAGCCCAGCAUCCUCACCAGCCUUUUCAUAUCUCGUUCGAGACUUUCCAAUCGAUCAACGGCAAGAACGCCAAUCAGACCGCAGCUGACGUAUGGGCCAAGAUGCUCUUAUGUGUCAAGGGGAUGUCUGCCGAGAAGGUCGGAGCGAUCAUCAAGCGCUAUCCUACCGCCAUCGCAUUCUGGACGGGGUUCAAGGAGAGGAAACGGGAGUGGGAGGAAGAGAAGCUUCGGCUCGAAGGUUCAACAACAAAGGUCCGAGAUCUUGAGCUUUUCUUUGCCGAUGCGGUGCAAGGGGACGGACGUCAAAAGAUCGGAGAUGCGCUCAGUAGAGAGCUGUUUUCCGUAUUUUGUGCGUAACUAUCCGGGACGUCGGGCACUUCCAUACCAGAUCAAGCAUACAGCAUACCGACAUACGAACGAAUCAUGACGAACUUCUCUUGAUAACAACGACAACUAUAUAUAAUGACCUUCUUGCUUCUUGUAUGACGAACCCAGUCUUGCAAAUUCGAUGACGUAAUUCUUUCUC